AUGAUGAAAAAUGGAUCUUCUUCUAUUGUUGAUCAGAGACUUUUCUAUGAAAAAUACGAAUCGGAGUUUGAAGAAGGGGAAGGGGAAGGGGAAGGAGAAGGAGUCCUCGACCUGCAACGGAUAGAGGAGGAUUUAUUCAAUCACAUAGUUUGGGCUCCUAGAAUAUGGCACCCUUGGGGCUUUCUAUUUGAUUGUAUCGAAAGGCCCAAUGAAUUGGGAUUUUCCUAUUGGGUCAGGUCAUUUCAGGGCAAGCGGAUCAUUUAUGAUGAAAAGGAUAGGAUUCAAGAGAAUGAUUCGGAGUUCUUGCAGAGUCAGUACCAGACACGAGAUAGAUCUUCCAAAGAACAAGGCUUUUUUCGAAUAAGCCAAUUCAUUUGGGACCCUGUGGAUCUACUCUUUUUCCUAUUCAAAGAUCCGUCUUUUAUCUCUGUGUUUUCACAUCGAGAAUUCUUUGCAGAUGAAGAGAUGCCAAAGGGGCUUCUUACUUCCCAAACAGACCUUCCUACAACUCUAUAUAAACGUUGGUUUAUCAAGAAUAUGCAAGAAAGGCACUUUGAAUUGUUGAUUCAUUGCCAGAGAUAG